ACGCCAAGCGGACCAUGCUUUCACUUUUUUUAUUAUGUGUUGCCAAUCUUCUUCCAAGAUGCCUUGUACAUCCUUCUUCCUCUCCCCUCCCAUUCCAUAGAUCCAGUCGUUCGUCUGUCCUUCCAUAUCUUAUUGGAUUUGUUUCAAAGUUUUUUACGCCUUUUACGGCACUUAGAGAUGGGCACGCAAUCUGAGACUUAGUCUUGCAGCCCUUUGCCGACGAGCGAUACCGGGUUGCAUUGUCCAUAUAAUCCGAAACGACGAUAUCCCAUUGGAUCAACUUACUCCAUUGCUACGACACUUCUCUGCCGUAAUUGUAGGGCCUGGACCGGGUAGUCCUGGUCAUGAUGCAGAUGUUGGAGUGCUGAGAGAUAUCUGGAAGAUGGCGGGAGACGAUCUCAUACCAAUUUUUGGUGUAUGCCUUGGCUUGCAAAGCAUGGCACUCGCGUUUGGAGCCACAAUACAUAGGCUGAACGUCGUCAAACAUGGUCAAAUCUCCCGCAUAUACCAUGAUGACAACGAACUUUAUGAAGGAGUUGGAGACGUCCACGCCGUGCGAUAUCAUUCGCUCCAUGUCAUGUUGGAUGGCAGUAAAGACCUUGAAUGUUUAGCAUCGGCGGACGAUGGCAAAGAGAAUGGGCUGGUGGUAAUGGCUCUCAAGCACAACAUAAGACCUUUCUGGGCUGUGCAGUACCAUCCAGAAUCAGUCCGUACUUCUGGUGGAGGGGAGGACGUGCUCCGGAACUUCUGGCGUUUAGCUCAAAACUGGACCGCUUCUCGCCACCGACAGGUGCGUCCAUGGGAUGCGGACGUUGAGGUGACCAUUGGAAAACCGUGGCCGAACCUUCAGCGACUCUCGCAUACAUCCAUCACCCCACACCUCACGGUCGCCACACAUGUCUUGGAGCAUAUCAAAUUGACAAUCCCCGACAUCUGUGAAGCUAUUGGUGUCGCCUCUGAAGACUCAGACUUUGUCCUCUUGGACUCUGUGGCACAGCCGGGACGCUUCUCCAUCAUAGGAUGUCUUGACCAGUCUUCCACUAGAAUAGCCUAUCAACUUGACGAGCAUGAUGUUGUCAAAGUGACAAGACACGGUCGCACUACAGCUGAGCAAUUUGGUUCACAAGACAUAUGGACGUGGUUGGCAGAUUUUAUGCGCCCUCGAAGAGCCGCCGGCGGGGAAGAAAGUAUUCCAUUCUGGGGCGGCUUGGUUGGAUACAUGAGCUAUGAAGUAGGCGUUGCGAACCUGGGGGCUGUUACUCCACAUCGAACGCCCCCUCUAGCAUCCCCCAAGCAUUCGGAUAUCAAUCUUGUGUAUGUUGACCGAAGUAUCGUUAUGGACGCGAUGACAGGCAAGGUAUACCUUCAGACCCUUCGCGAGCAUGACCAUUCAUGGUUGGAAGCCUUGGCUGUGUUACUAGAAUUCAGGUCGUUUUCUCCAGGCUCUCAGCGCUCCCAUGCGCCACGGGCGAAACCCGCCAGCCAAAUGAAAGUAUCUGUAUUGUUGCCAGACAAAGAUACAUAUACUUCUCGCAUCCGUCGCGCACAAGAAUAUUUGUUUGCUGGUGACUCGUAUGAACUCUGCCUGACCGCACCAAGCCGCAUUUCUGUGAACAACUCUUCUGGGAACGGAAGGUUAUCCUCAUGGGAUCUGUACAAAACACUCCGUAGACGAAACCCGGCACCGCAUGCGGCCUAUUUGCGCCUCAAUUCUUCGAUCCUUGUUUCUUCCUCACCGGAGCGGUUUCUGUCCUACUCGAGGCCACACGGCACUGUAUGUCAACUACGGCCAAUCAAAGGCACUGUGCGCAAGGGGCCUAGUGUCACACGAGCCGUCGCAGAGGAAGCACUGGUGGGUAGUCCGAAGGAAGUCGCUGAAAACCUCAUGAUUGUAGAUCUCAUCCGACAUGACUUGCACGGUGUAGUCGGAGACAAUGUUGUUGUUAAGCAGUUUUGCGGCAUCGAGGAGUACGAAACUGUAUGGCAGCUCGUCAGUGUGAUCGAGGGACAGGCUGCUUCCGAAAAUGACCACUACGAGAUGGGAUGGGAGGUUCUACGGCGUAGCCUUCCUCCAGGCAGUAUGACCGGUGCGCCCAAGAAGCGUAGCGUGGAGAUUCUGCAUACACUGGAAGACGAGCCUAGAGGAAUCUACUCAGGUGUCUUCGGCUAUUGGGAUGUGGGCGGUGGUGGGGACUGGGCCGUGACAAUUCGUACCUGCUUCAAGUACGAUGCCAGGGACCAGCGUCAAGAUAGUCACCAGUCUGGACCCGAUUUGCAUGAUGAAUGGAUGCUAGGUGCUGGCGGUGCCAUUACUGCCUUAUCGGACCCAGAGGCGGAGUGGGAGGAGAUGAUGGUCAAGGUCGAGAGUGUUUUGCAAGCUUUUCAGGAUGUUCGGACGUGACGUAUAGAUACCUGCUAGUGAUUGUACGUCUGUUUCGUGGCUGGUCUCUCCGCAUUAUUGAUUGUUGCUCAUUCGUAGCCGUAAGUUAAACCGAUCCAAAAGUCUGCUGUUCACGGUGCUUUUUAUGACUGCCGCUCUUUAUAUGCAUAACCUUAAUGAAUGAUAUUGGUCCGUUGUUCAU